AUGCCUCCUCCUCAGACAACGGGUAUUUACCCAUCUGAUUCAAUUACAGAAGUAGCCCAAUCAUUACCUAUAGAUCCAUUGGGUUUAGGAGCAGCAGAUAUAUUAGCUUCAGAUGUGGAAUAUAGACUUCAUUUGAUCCUUCAAGAAGCUAAAAAAUUCAUGAUUCAUGGAAAAAGAGCUACUUUGUUACCUGAAGAUGUUGAAUAUGCCAUGGAAGUUUUAAAUGUCGAGCCCGUUUUAAUCCCACCACGUCCCCUUCCAAUAGCCCAAUUCCAAUCAAUCACUAUCCCCUCAUCAUCCAACCAUCCUCAACACCUAUAUCAUCUCCCAGACGAAGAGAUAGAUUUCGCAUCAUAUCUGAAACAACCUUUACCUGCCGGUGUAGCAAGUUCAGCAGGAGUCAAAUGGAAAGCUCAUUGGUUGGCUGUAGAAGGUAUACAACCUGCCAUAACGGAAAACCCUACUCCUACUCAAAGAGCUGGACCGUCUCGCCCACAACCAGCGUCCACUUCCCUUCGACCUCAAGCUCGUACUCAGUUACCCCAAGAACUCCAACUUUACUUUACUCGAUUGACCACCGCUCUUGUACCUCCUUCACCCACUGGUCCAGAGACUGAGCCUGAACGACAUCGACUCGCUGCACUAGCGUCACUUAGAACGGACGUGGCCGUAGCUGGAAUACUAGUCUAUGUGGUCAAAUGGUUAGGUGAAAGUGUACAGAAAUGCCUCAUGGCUCCUACAGGUACUAUAUCACAAUUGAUCGAUGCAAUUGACGCUCUAGUCAACAACGAGGGUGUGUUCUUGGAACCAUACGUCCAUAUCUUACUUCCACCAUUAAUGUCAAUCAUACUAACUGUACCCCUUGGACCACAUCCACCUUCAUCUUCGUCAUCAUCUAACAACCAGCCUUCACCAUUCGAUCUAAGGCUUCACGCUUCUCAGGUAUUAGGUAAGAUAGCUGAGAAAUAUGGCAAAUCAUAUCCUGGUUUAAUACCAAGACUCGUCUCGACUCUUAACAAAGCACUCAACUCACCUCCAUUCCCAUCUCCUCUCGGAGCCUCGAACCCUCCUUCAGGAAGAUACGAAGGUUCACUCCUUGCGUUAUCGUCAUUAGGUACUCAAGCUGUCAAGACUGCCGUAUGGGGCAAAGCAGGUGAAGGCAUAAGUAGGAUUGAUGAUUUAGCAGGGAGAUUGUACAGUGAAAGUGGUAAGAAGAAGAAUCCGUUGAUCAGAGCUUUGAUAAAAUGUAUCUCGGUAAUCAUCAAACCCAAACCAGCAGAAACACCAACGCCUCAAGUGAACUUGGACCGAGUGGCAGAUCUAUUCGGCCCUAAUUUAGCCAAUGGUCUAUCCAAGAAACUGUGGACUGCAAGUGAGAUCUUACGUCUAAGACAGGAAGAAACCGAUGAGAGUCAGUUGGGUAACGGUAUUGGGAACGGUGAUGCAGGGGUGCAUGGACAUGGCGGUGGGGAUGGGAUCGAAGUUGAUCAAGUAUGA